UUGUAUUCAUUUGUAUGUAAACACAGUGGAAAGUGAGUAGUGAUUCAAUUAUGUAUAUAAAUAAUUUGUUUUUGCAAAAUAUGUUGUCAACAAGUAUUUUAAUACUCUACAAUUCUUUAAAGUUAUACUAAUCACAACUUGGAUGAAAUAGAUAAUUAAUAAUAAUUUGUAAAUUUAUAACACGAGAAAUAUGGGUGCUAUUAAUAAUUUUAUUGAUGUUAACCUCCAAACGGUGAUAAUUGGACGCCUACUUCCUAGUAUUACAAAAUUUUCUAAUCUUGCUUUUGUUCCUAAAUAUCAACCUCCGAAACCAAGUGAUUUAACAAAAUUAGAACAAUUUAUUGAGAAUCAAGGAAAAUUAUGUGUUAUAACUGGAGCUGGAGUCUCUACUGAGAGUGGGAUACCAGAUUAUAGGUCAGAAGGAGUGGGUUUAUAUGCCACGAGUAAUAGGAGACCAGUUUUAUAUCAGGAUUUCAGAAAACAUGAUUAUGUGAGGCGAAGGUAUUGGGCUAGAAAUUAUGUUGGAUGGCCAAGAUUUUCUAAUUUCCAACCAAAUUUUACACACAAAAUUAUAAGUCAUUUAGAAGAGGUAGGUCAAGUAUCAUGCAUAGUAACUCAAAAUGUUGAUGGAUUACACUCUAAAGCUGGUAGUCGUAAUGUAAUAGAGCUUCAUGGAACAGCUUAUACUGUAAUGUGCUUAAACUGUGAUCAAAAAAUUAGUCGUCAUACUUUCCAAAAAACUUUAGAUAAUUUAAAUCCAUCUGUAACUGCUGUAACUAAAGAAAUAAGACCUGAUGGUGAUGUUGAGCUCUCUGAAGAACAAAUAAAGGAUUUUGUUCUACCAUCCUGUUCGAAUUGUGGUGGAAUUCUAAAACCAGAUAUAGUAUUUUUCGGAGAUAAUGUACCAAAGUCAGUUGUUGGGAGAGUUGAAUGUGCUGUGGAUGAUGCUAAUGCUUUGUUAGUCCUCGGAACGUCCUUGACGACAUUCUCUGGAUUUCGAAUAAUAUUACAAGCAGUAGAAUCUAAAAAGCCUAUUGCCAUAGUCAACAUCGGUGAUACUAGAGCUGAUAAAUACGCAAAUGUCAAAUUAGAGAGUCGAUGUGGAGAAGUUUUUACGCAAUUAUUUCCCACAAUGAAUUUUAAUGAUAAAAACAAUGCUUUAAGAUAACACAAACAGCGGAUCUAGUGAUAAUAACUUUAUAGGUUUUAAAAUAAUAAAAUAUAAAUAUUAUAUUCACUUGUUUAUUAAUAUAUUUUAUGACUCCGUCAUUAAUUGUAAAAUCGAUCAUGA